UACUGUAAGAAAGUGGGUUUGCUGCUCUAAUAAUUUUUAAAUCUCUAUGCAAUUAAACUAAUUCCUUUCCUUCUUCUCUCUCUCUUUUUUUUUAAUGCCAAUAAUCUCAUUUCUUCACUGUAGAGGAUCGUCAGGGAUGUAUCGCCAUUUCUUAUUAUAUUCUGUAAUUAUUGCCUCCCCACCUCUCUCACAGGUUCUUCCCUGAUUGCUCUGGCCAAGUUUCUUCUUCUUCUUCUUCGUCUUCUUCUUGUGUCGCUGAUAAUCAGAAAGAUAUGAAGAUUCAGUGUGACGUUUGUGAAAAAGGGGAUGCGGCGGUGUUCUGCACCGCGGAUGAGGCGGCGCUCUGUAAUCUCUGUGAUCACCGUGUGCACCAUGCCAAUAAGCUCGCUUCGAAGCACCGACGGUUUUCUCUGCUUCGUCCUGACGCAGGGGAAGCUCCCGUCUGUGAUGUGUGCAGGGAGCGGCGAGGGUUCUUGUUCUGUCAGCAGGAUAGAGCGAUUCUGUGUAGAGAGUGUGAUGAUCCAAUUCAUUCGGCUAAUGAACACACUAUGAAGCACGAUAGGUUUCUUCUGACUGGGAUUAAACUUUCCGCCUCCGCUGCUCUGUACGUGCCACCUCCAUCCGGCGAGAAACCGGUCGGGAGUGGUGGUCGUGUUGUUUCUGAACCUAAGUCAAAAGGCUCUGUCAAGAAAGCGGCUGCCGUUUCUAAAGCCCCAAAGAUAUGCCCACCAAGUGUUUGUGUUAAUGCCCCAACGAACAUAACUCCAGCGGCUGUAGUGAACAAGGGCGGUGGAGGUCAGAUUGCGACCGGUGGCAAUGGAUCGGCGAGUAGCAUAUCGGAAUAUUUGAUGGAGACGCUUCCUGGGUGGCACUUUGAAGACUUUCUUGAUUCCUCUGUCUCUCCCCCUUUUGUGGAGUUUGAUGAAGGGAUGGAAUUUCCAUUUGUGGAAGGUGAUUUUAACGGUUGUUUUUCAUCAUCGGAACGUUUGGAGCUUUGGGUCCCUCAGGGGCCACCACCGGCGCUGUAUAAUUCAGGAUUAAUGAUGAAUAAUGGAUUGAAGGACACAAAGGAAUUGGGAGUAAAUUCAUCAAAAGUCAAUAGAGUGUGGACAGAUGAUGGUUUCACUGUGCCACAGAUCACAAGUACAACAGCCCCAUCUGCAGGCUUUAAGAGAUCCAGACCUUUUUGGUAAAUUGGUAUAACAAUAACCAAUACUUCCAUUCCAAUUUCAAAUCUCUUAUUCCUUUCAUUCCCAAAAAAGAAAAGAAAACCCUCAUUUCUUUUGCCCCUUUUUCUUCUCUGAUCUGGGUCUUCUUCUUCUUCUUCUUCUUCUUCUGGUUUCUUUUACUUUUUGUUUCAUCUGUAAUUUAAUGGGUUCCUUUUACAUUUUGUUUAGGUUUCACCUGUACUUUAAUGGGUACAUUCUUCUUCGAGUUUCUGUUAGUUUUUUUCUUCUGCAAAAAAAAAAAAAAAAAAAUGUUUAAGCUGUAAUA